CCCCGCUGUCCCAAGUCUCUCCUCCGCCGCGUACAGCUGCGUCCCCGCGCCGCCGGGCUGCGAGCUGACGGAGAAAGCGCCGCUCAAACCGCGAAGCCAGCAGAGAGCCGGGAUCUUGCACAACCCCCAGCUCCUGCCGCUCCCCAGGCAGCCGCCCCCAGCCCCCGCCCAGGCGCCGCUCCCGAGCAGAGCCCCGCGGGCAGCGCGGGGGCUGCGGAGGCACAGCGCGCUCGGCUCCGCCCGCCGCGCUCCGCGAUGCCGAGCUUCCUGAAGUGGCUGCUGGGGAUCCUGGGGGUCGCCGUGGUUGUCGUGGCCAUCACCGUGCCCCUGGUGCUGCUCACCCGCCAAGAGACCUCUUCAGGAAAGACAUACACUCUACAGAAUUACUUGAACAAUGACUAUAAGUACAAAACACAUAAUUUGGAGUGGAUUUCAGGAAAUCAGUAUCUUCACAAAACAGAUUAUGGGGACAUCCUGUGUAUCAACGCUGGCAACGGAACGACCUCAGUAAUCCUGGCAAAUAAAACUUUAGAAAAGUACCAGGCAAGCACUGUUACAUUGUCUCCUGACCUAAAGUUUGCUCUCCUGCAAUACAGCUAUACAAAGUUGUGGAGGCAUUCCUUUACAGCUUCGUAUCACAUCUAUAAUUUCAGCAGCAGUUCUAUCUUAGAUGAUGGACUACUACCUAAUGAUACACAGUAUAUAUCCUGGUCACCUGUUGGUCAUAAGCUGGCAUAUGUUUGGAAUAAUAAUGUUUAUGUGAAAGUUUCACCAACAGCAGAAGCUGUGCAAAUCACUAAAGAUGGAGAAGAAAAUAAAAUUUUCAAUGGAAUACCAGACUGGGUUUAUGAAGAGGAAAUGUUUGGCACCCAUUUUGCUCUGUGGUGGUCUCCAAAUGGCAAUUUUUUGGCAUAUGCAUCCUUUAAUGAUACAGAAGUCCCUGUUAUAGAGUAUUCCUUUUAUUCUGAAGACACCUUGCAGUAUCCAAAGACCAUUAAAAUCCCAUAUCCCAAGGCAGGAGCUACAAAUCCAACUGUAAGAUUCUUUAUUGUGGAUACCACAUCCCUUCCAACUUCCAGCCCUGUUGAAAUAUUUCCACCCGCAGAAAUAAAAUCAAGUGAUCAUUAUUUGAGUGUUGUAACAUGGGUGACAGAUGAAAGGAUUUGUCUGCAGUGGCUUAGAAGAAUUCAGAAUUUUUCAGUCCUCACAGUCUGUGACUUUGAAAAUGCUACUUGGUCAUGUCCAAAGGAAAAACAAUUUACUGAAGAAAGUACAACUGGCUGGAUUGGCAGAUUUCAGCCAUCUGUCCCUCACUUUGCACCCGACAAUGCUUCCUACUACAAAAUCUUCAGCGACACAGCAGGUUACAAGCACAUCCAUUACAUAAAUGGCUCGCAGGUUCCAGUAGCUAUUACUUCAGGAGAUUGGGAAGUAAUCAGCAUAGAAGCUGUAACCAAUCAAUUUUUAUACUACAUCAGUAAUGAAAAUAAUAAAAUGCCAGGAGGAAGAAAUCUGUAUAAAGUGCUCUUGGAAAGCAGUCCAAAAUUGACUAAAUGUGUUAGCUGUAAUCUGAAUGAAAAAAGAUGCCAGUAUUAUUCUGUGUCCUUCAGCAAAGACAGUCAGUAUUAUCAGCUAAAUUGUCUCGGUCCUGGCCUGCCCAUGUCUGCCCUGCACAGAAGCACUGAUGAUGAAGUCCUCAGAUACCUGGAAACUAACACUGAACUGGAAAAUUCAUUGAAAGAUAUUCAGAUGCCUUCAAAAAAAUUUGGCUCCCUUAGUAUAGGUGGAUACAACCUGUGGUAUCAAAUGAUUCUGCCUCCCCAUUUUGAUGAAUCAAAGAAGCAUCCUCUGCUCCUUGAUGUGUAUGCAGGACCCUGCAGUCAGAAGGUGGACCAAGCCUUCCGGAUCAGCUGGGCCACGUACCUGGCGAGCACGGAGCGCGUCAUCGUGGCCAGCUUCGACGGCCGGGGCAGCGGCUACCAGGGCGACCAAAUCAUGCACGCCAUAAACAGAAGGCUGGGAACAUAUGAAGUGGAAGAUCAGAUAGAAGCAGCCAGAAAAUUUUCUGAAAUGAGCUUCGUUGAUAAGGACAGAAUAGCUAUUUGGGGUUGGUCUUAUGGGGGAUACGCGACCUCCAUGGUGCUUGGCUCUGGGAGCGGCGUGUUCAAGUGUGGAAUCGCGGUUGCCCCCGUGUCACGCUGGCAAUAUUAUGAUUCAAUAUACACAGAGCGAUACAUGGGCCUUCCUACAGAAAAUGAUAAUCUGAAGAACUAUAAUAGUUCAACAGUAAUGGCCAGAGCUGAAAAAUUCAAGGCAGUUGAAUAUCUCCUUAUUCAUGGAACAGCAGAUGAUAAUGUUCACUUUCAGCAAGCAGCACAGAUUUCCAAAGCUCUUGUUGAUGCUGAAGUGGAUUUUCAGGCAAUGUGGUACACUGACAAAGACCAUUCCAUCUCCGGUCAAGCACAUAAGCAUAUUUAUACCCACAUGAGCCACUUCAUAAAGCAGUGCUUCUCACUGCACUAGCCCCAGCAUUUUGCUUGUGAGUGAUGGUACUUCUCCAGAAAACUCUCACAAUAAUGUACUCUGAGCCAGUAUAAAUCAAGAUGAGAUGAGAGUCAGCUCUUGGGAUACCAGUGUACACAAUGAAAUGCUAAUCUUUGUAAUGAUUCCUGUUGCCAAGCAACUAUUGCAUUUUUAUUGAUUGCGUUUAAUCGGGUCUUAACAUCACCAGAAUGAUGUUGCAGACUUCUAGGAAGCAUGGUACUUGCUUGAGUAAUUACUUUUUGAUAUUUCAGUCUAAAAGAGAAACAAUCCAGUUUGUAUAUUAGAGAAAGGAAUGAUAAAAAUAUAAUAAUGUUUCCAUCAAAAAUGAAAUGAACCCUGGGGUAAUUUUCUGUAAAAAUAAUGAAGAAACAUUUUUGCAGAAAUUCAUAAGACUUGAUAAUUAUUAUUUUAGAAUGGUUAUCAGGAUUACUGCAAUGUUAAUAUGUGCAGAAUGAAAUACUUUAUACGGCAGUUCCUGAAGUGAGUGUGUUUGCUCUGCAAUCUCUUGUAUUACAGUUGCAGAACUCUUGCAAGGCAAGCACAUAACCAGCUUUCACCAAAGUUUUUGAAUGAUACCUAAUCAAACCAGUGCCAAUGAAUUUCUUUGUGUGCUAUCAUAUAGUACUGUGAUUUUUGCUUAUUUUAUAGUAAAAAUGGCUGCUACACUGGGAAUAUGCCCUGCAAAAUCUCCUCUGGGAACAAGAGCCCCAUUUUUUAAAUGUAGAAGUUGCUCAUGUACUGAUGAAUAGGAACUGGUUCUUACACAGAAACCUAAAACAUUACAAUGUGUACUAGCAGUCACUUACAGCAAGGGCUGGACUGUCACUCUCCUGUGAACAUGCUCUCUGGCAAAACCUUACAGCCUACCAAUAAAUACCUGCUUUCCUUACAGCACUCCAGGUAGUCUUCUCCAUCUAAUCGGAGGAUUAGUUUUCUUAAUUUUGCAUAGAAAAAAUGCAAUCCACUUGUACUAAAAAUUGUGCUGCUUUAAAAUAAUAAAGACAUUAAUUUAUGAAAG